UAAUACAAACAAUGACAGUUGUUGAAACCGUACUACAAAACAAUGUAGUGUAAGUGUGUGUGUAGUGACCUUAGCGAUUAAGACACUCGUUACGGUGUGGUUAUUUGAACGGUUUGGCGGCAUUUUAAGAGUGAACCAUUGGCUAGGUACGUAUUAACCACUCCUCUUGAACCUUAGAAUGGUUCUCAAACCAUUCGUGCCGUUCACGUCGCGUAGUAUGUAUAGUCCGUUACAAAAAUGCGAUGCGAAAAUUCAUUUAACGUUAAAAGUGCCGUGCGUACGCAUCUAGAUUGUGGUAAAGCGAUUUAAACGUGAAAAUAUGUUGUAUUUUGUGGUGGACGGUGGUGUUGUAACAUAAACUAGCUGUGCUUUUCGCCAAGGCAUCGGUGUCGUAUAUCUAAGCAGAACGAAGACCCAAUAAGAUGAUGUAACGAUAAACGAACGUACAACUAAUCGCCCCUCAUCAACCAUGUUUAAGGAGGACAUAAAGAAUUCGAGUAUAAAGUAAAUGAAGGGAAUAUGUGGAAAGCAUAUUGGUGCAGUUCCAGUCACUGGUUCGCAAUCCUCGUAAAACGAAUUAUUUUCCCAAUGAUUUUGAAACGUCAACAGCAUGUUGAAGCAUAUGUUAAACACAAACGGGGCUGUCGCCAAUCGAAAUGUACCCCGACCUGAUAGUUCGAUUGUUAUGGAACCGAGGGAAUCGGCGUCGAGGUACAGGUCGCCGAACGGUAACACGUCCAGAGUUUCGCAACAGUAUCCGCUGAACGUGUCCCAGCUGCACAACACGACGCUGGACAAUUCGAAGCAUUCGAUUUACAGUACGGCGGUGCUGCCGCCCGGCAACAAGGCCCUGAAUGGAGGCCUCAACAUCUCCAGGGUGCGGAACCAGAGCACCGUCAACAAGUUCAUCGCCAAGUCCAAGCAGGUCGGCGUCAAGGAGAUGCUAGUGAGUUUGGGACUGUUGUGCCUAGUGAGUUUGUUGUUGGCGUUGCUGUCGCUGAUCUUCCUGCUGAAGAUCUCGCCGGUGACGGCGAACGAUAUACGGGAACUAUUGAGGGCGGAACAAUUGACUGUUAUCACUGCCGAAGAGUAUGUGGUCGUUUACGAGGUCACAUUGGCCUUGUGUGCGCUGACUUUGUCGUUGAAUUUGUGCUGUCUUCUAGUUUGCGCCAUACAAUUCUUGUUCGCCGUCAAAUUGGUCAAAAGUCCACAUGGAGGCAAUGAUAGGACUAACAAGUACUUGCAAAAGUCUUCAGUUAGCCGAGUAUGCGCAGUGGGUGGAUUCUUCAUUUCCAUACCAGUAUUUCUAACAGGCAUAAUACUGUACACGUUCAUCCAGUUCCACUCGACUCCAGCCAUAGUGACCAGCGUGUUCAUCGGCCUGGGCAUCAUCUUCUGCGGCUGCGCAAUGGUGCACAACGUGUUCAUAUGGCAGCGCGAGAAGACGAACGCCGUCAAGGAGCUGGCGCUCCAGCAGCACGAGCAGUCCGUCCACAACUCGUUCCACAGCGUGGCGGCGCCGCCGCAGAUCAACCACUCGCACGUCAGCAACUACAACAGCUUCGCGCACAGCAUGGCCACCAUACACGGCAACGGGCCCUACAUCGUCAGGCCGUCCACCACGACGCCGCCCACGGGCGAGAACCUCAACCUGACCAAGCUGUCGCAUCCGAGGGAGGCGAGCGGCAGCGUCAGCCCCGGCAUGCCCAACACCACUCUGGACCUGAGCAGCGUGGCCACCACCAACUCGCCCCACGAGCUGUCCACGCUCGUCUGAUUUGGUCCUUGUAGUCUCGUGUGGUACCACCACGAAAACUCUUCUUUUAAUUAUUAUUAAUUAACUAGUCUGUUGGAUGACCAAUUUUUGUUGUUGUCAAUUGUGGAAGAUUUCGGCGGAAUGGGAGGUGAAUUGCACGUUGACUCAUUCGGGGAACUGAAGGUCGACGUUGUGGGCGAAAGUAAAAUAUGGUUAAACAGGGUAACAAAAUGCUAUCGGUGGAUUUUACUGUGUUUCUAAGCGAAAAAACGGAGGUACAAAACAACACAAAUGGCCAUAUUUGCCUGCAUCAACGUGACAACACAAAUUCAAGUGACUCAUCCAGAGUUUAAUAAUAUCGACGUCUUACCUAAUUCUUAAAUACUUCUUGCAAUUAUUAGGUAUUGUAUUAUUUAUAACGUACUACUAGUUAAUAUUUAUGGAGUAUUAAACCAGUCAUGUAUUUCUUGUCACUGUUAUUCUAUUAUCAGAAAAAAAGAAAUGAUAUUAAUUGUAUAUAGAUUUUUAUAUUAUUUAAAUGAAGUAUUUGAAGUGGCAAAUGGGUAUUCAACUAUCCUGUAUAUAGUGCUUUAUUUCACACGUUUUUGUGAAAAUUCAAAGAAUGGUUAGUACAAAAGUUUCACUGCCUUUUUACAUACUACAGCAUAGAAGAAUAUAGAUGUAAAACCGACAUAUUUUAUAUUAAAUAUAUUUAUACACUACGUGUAUGUGCAGAUCAAAAAUAUUAACUUGUGCCUUUCUUAUUGUAACAAUUUAUAUGAUAACCAAUUAGGCAUUUGUUUGUUGUUCAUUGAUUAAUACUUGACAUUUGCAAUAAAUAAAUUUCCAUAUGUUUCUACAGGCUGUGAUUGUGUAUCAAAAAAUUAAUGACAUCCAUUCAUUUUUACUGCAUGUACUUUAAUCUUGCCUUUAUACAACUUAAAUAAUAAAUAUAUUUUAUAUAUAACCA